CCCUAACAAGGGUUUAAUUUGGGGCUUGGGUCUAUUGAUUGGACUACUAUGGAUGGUCCUCAUUCUGGUCCACCCCUAGUAAUCGUCGACGGACCACCGCACACUGCCGCGCAUCUCAGGCGGUGACGCUAUGUUGCGCUUCUUACAAUGCCCUCACUCUCUCCUCCGCCUACAAUCCUUGCACCCACAUUCAGAAAAAUCCACAAAACUAAAUCAUCCAGCAAAGGCCUCAGGUAUCCUUGCGUGAUACAAAAUUUCCUUGAUUUAGCAUCCCGAGGACAAAUUAAGGAAGCCGUUGAUUCUUUGCCUCACUUAGCUCGCAAAGGCUUUCGAUUAAACUCGAAAAGCAUUGCCUUUCUUUUGAAACAGUGUACAAAGUUGAAAUCCAUUAAAGAAGGCAAAUGGGUCCACCUUCAUUUGAAAUUAACGGGUUCAAAGCACCCCAGUACUUUCUUAUCCAACCACAUGAUAGAUAUGUAUGCCAAAUGUGGUGAUCAUGUAAAGGCCCGUCUAGUGUUUGAUAAAAUGAGUACGAGAAAUUUGUAUUCUUGGAACAAUAUGCUUUCUGGGUACGCAAAGUUGGGGAUGGUGAAGCCUGCAUUGAGGUUGUUUUAUAAAAUGCCUGAAAGAGAUGUUGUGAGUUGGAAUACGAUGGUGAUGGCAUACGUGAAGAGCGGGUGGUUUGAUGAGGCUUUAAGGUUUUAUAAAAUGUUGAGGAGGUUGGAUAUUGGGUUUAAUGAGUAUAGUUUUGCUGGGGUUGUGACGGUGUCUGUUAAGUUGAGGGAGUUGUGGCUUGCCAUGCAGGUGCAUUGUGAAGUUUUGAUUGUUGGAUUUUUGUCGAAUGUGGUUCUUUCAAGUUCUAUCGUCGAUGCAUAUGCAAAAUGCGGCCAGUUGGGGGAUGCUAGGAAGUUGUUUGAUGAGAUGGUGAAGAGGGAUGUUCUUGCUUGGACCACUCUGGUUUCCGGUUACACUCAAUGCGGGGAUAUGAAAUCAGCUCGGGAAAUUUUUGACGCGAUGCCAGAAAAGAAUCCCAUUUCGUGGACUGCUUUGAUUUCAGGGUAUGCCAAAAAUGGGAUGGGACUUGAAGCCCUCAAGUUAUUAACAAAGAUGAUUAUGCUUGGUGUUGAACCUGAUCAAUUUACUUUCAGCAGUUGCUUGUUUACUUGUGCUAACUUAAUGUCACUCGAGCAUGGUAGGCAAAUUCAUUCUCAUUUGACAAUGAAAGGUACUAGACCAAAUAUAGUAGUUUUGAGCGCCCUCAUCAUCAUGUACUCAAAAUGUGGAAGUCUAGAAGAAGGAAAGAGAGUUUUUGAUACUGUGAAAAACAAGCAGAAUGUUGUGUUGUGGAACACAAUGAUAACUUCAUUAGCACAACAUGGAUGUGGUGAACAAGCAAUAAAGAUGUUUACUGACAUGGUGAAUCUGGGCGUGAAACCAGACAGGGUCACCUUUCUUGUCCUUCUCAAUGCAUGUAGUCAUUCUGGGCUAGUGCAAGAGGGACUUAGUUUUUUCGACUCCAUGGCAUCUUGUUAUGAUACUAUUCCCGAUCAAGAGCAUUACGCGUGCUUAAUUGAUCUAUUGGGUCGAGCAGGAAUGUUUGAUGAGGUGAUGAAUCAACUCAAGAAAAUGCCAUGUCAACCUGAUGAUCGUAUUUGGAAUGCAUUGCUGGGUGUCUGUAGGAUUCAUGGUAACAUAGAGUUGGGUAAAAUUGCAGCUAAGCAUCUUAUUGAAUGCGAGCCUCAAUCCCCUGCAGCCUAUCUAUUGCUUUCAAGUAUAUAUGCUGCACUUGGGAGGUGGGAAUCUGCGGAGGAAGUGAGAAAGCUAAUGAAUGAGAGGCAAGUGAAUAAGGACCAAGCCGUUAGUUGGUUAGAGAUUGAGCAGAAAUUGCACUUAGAUUAUCGACCAAUUGGGUUACAUCCUUCGAAAAAUGAGUCAUACUCUGUCUUGGAACUGUUAGCCGAUCAAAACUUGUUAAAUAACACGAGAAGUUAAAAUCUUUUUCAAAUUCUGUUGGCUAGAUAAGUGUGAAUGUGACAGAAAACCCCUCAUAGCUUGUAUUUGUCUUUGUUUAUCCUAGAGAACCAUUUUGUAUUUGAUUAAAUAAACCUUUUCAGACCGUAUUACACAUGGAAAAACAUUUUGAAUACAGUUCUUCUGAAAUUUUAUGAAUAGGCGAAACUGCUGAAAUUGGUCUUGA